UUGAUCGAGUUAAUAGAAAUGCCUCGGAAGAGGGAUAAGUUUACAAGAGACUUAUUAGUUGGAGGUACAGCGGCGACAAUAUCCAAAACAGUAGUUGCUCCCAUUGAAAGAGUGAAGCUCUUGCUUCAGGUUCAAUAUUCCCAUAGUGACAUUGCUGCUGAAAAGAGGUAUACAGGAAUCAUUGAUGCUUUUGUUAGAGUACCGAAAGAGCAGGGAGUUGCUUCUUUAUGGCGUGGAAACAUGGUUAAUGUAGUUCGUUACUUCCCGACUCAGGCUUUGAACUUUGCAUUUAACGAUUUGUACAAAACCAUUCUCUUGAAGAAUGUCGAUCGGAAAGAAAAUUUUUGGAAAUAUACGGGAAUUUCCCUAGCCUCUGGUGGUAUGGCGGGAUCUUCGACUCUCUGUUUUGUGUACCCUCUAGAUUUCAUUAGGACUCGUUUAUCUGUUGAUAUAGGUAAAACGCUAGAGAAUCGUGCUUACAAGGGCUUCAGUGAUUGUCUUGUGAAGACUGUUAAAAAUGAGGGCGUUGUUGGAUUAUAUCGAGGGUUCCUGAUUUCUAUUCAGACAUAUUUCCUUUAUCGAGCAGCUUAUUUCGGCUUAUAUGAUGCAAUUCGAAACAUGGUACAAACCGAUAAAAAACACUUGCACUUCCUCGCCUCUUUCGGAAUAGCUCAGGGGGUUACUAUUUGUUCAUCUUACUUGACAUAUCCUUGGGAUACCGUCCGAAGACGUAUGAUGAUCAAAGGGUCUUUGAGCCAAGGAAGAGCAUUCGCUUCAGCGAAAAAAAUAGUAGCGGAUGAAGGAGUUCGAGGAUUGUUCAAAGGCUCUUUAGCCAAUGUGUUCAGAAGUAGUGGUGGUGCUCUUGUCAUGGCCAUUUAUGAAGAGAUUCAAAAAUAUUUGUGA